AUGUUUCGUCUGCCCGCUGAGUUGAUCCAGCUCAUACUCUGGCAUUGCGCUACUCCUGCCUAUUUCCAAGCAGCUUUUACAAAUCGCAGGUUUUUCAACAUCGCUAUCAGUAGUCGAGAUGUUAUCCUACACCAUCUACACGAGACCCCUGGGCGUGACUUGGAGCAUCUGCAACUACGGACAACAGAGCUGUUUCGCAUCUUGAUGAAGCGAUCUUGGGCGCAGCUAUAUGGCGCUGAAUUCCACGCAGAUUGCACAAUCUAUCAAUUUCAGCAUGUGCUGGAUACCCGAGCAUCAACAUUAGACGGUUCCUCCGUGCACGGGGAGGCGCUGCUUGUAAUGAAAGACAGCAGUACCGUAUACCUGGUUCGCGCCACUGACAAGGUCUUAUUGCAUAAGCGUGAGUUCAAAUGUCCUGGAAAAGACAUUGGGGAUGUUGAAAUCCUUCGCACCGCCUUGGAUCACCAGGAUGGAAUUUAUGUGCUGCAUCGAUUCAAGCCAUUUCUGGACCAAGAACUCGACCUUGGCCAUCCAUUUGUCAAGCAUGCCCUGCAGUCUCAUUCCAAGGGGAACAUCUUUAUGGCUCACUACGAAUUGAAUUCUUCGCUUGUUCGCAUGUGUGCUUUCCCCGACCGUCAUGACUACAGACCUCUUGCUCUGUCUGCCACCCCCGGUAGAUUUGCUAUCUCCUGGCAGCACACAUCAAAUCCCCAUGACCACUCUGUCGAGCUUUACACCUGGCUUGAUGAUGAAAGUGACGAGGGGGAGGAUGAAAGUGACGAGGGGGAGGAUGAAAGCGACGAAGAGAUAAUCAAGCAACGCCUAGAAGCUGUGGAUGUCAAUGACCGCACCAGCCCAAAGAAAGCAAGCAAUAUUCAAUAUGCCUCUUAUGCAGCCAAUACUCUUGCCAGCUCCUAUGGAAAUGACCCAGAUUGUGAUCCAUUUCAAGGCGGAGGGCCCGUGGUAAAAUUGGCUUUCAACGAUCGAGAGCGCCAAUUGCUCUACCACUACCGGGCUCAGACUCUUUACGGAUCUUUCCAACAACUUCCUUAUCUGCAAAAUGUGAGGCCGACAAAACUACCGAACGAGAAUGAAUGCCUCGUGCCCUAUUCAGAAUCUCUUUCGCUGCGAUUCUCUAUUGGGAUUCCGUUCUUUGCUACCCACGAAAUCCACGAUCAAUCUCCGGGAGCAACCUGUCGCUGGCAAUAUCUUGCCCUUGGCAUUGCUACUCAUCGAGUUGAAAAAUGGACAGUGGCAUGUCUUUUGAGGUCUGAAGCCUACCCUCGAGCCCAGCGUUGCAAUCAUAUCUUCAAUCUUGACCGCGGAAGGCGUUUUGAUCUGUGGGAGGUUAUGGCGCAACUUGAGGGAUAUGAGGAAUUGACUACCUCACAAGGAUCUUGUGUGGCUGCUUCACCUCUCGGAUCUCGGAUCGCCGUCGCUAAUUGGAAAACACUCCGUGUCUGGGCACUGGAACCGAAUGAAGUGCUUGGAGGAAACACCACCGGCUAUUAUUCACCAUCGUGGGUGUCGGACUCGGGUGCUAUUAAGCUACAACCUGUUGUUAUUCAGUUGGACGCCGUCUGCUCCGAGUUGAAAUUCACAGAUAGAGAAGACGAGCUGAUUGCGAUAACUGACCGCGGGCUGAUAUACUUGGACAUCGCCCCCAAUGGUCAAGGUCUGCGACUCGUCAACACACAGGGACUUUGUCAGUCUCUACGGACUUUUGAUAUUUCGUCUUAG